CAUGGGACCGCGGGAGCCGCGCCACCGGCUGGAGGCGGUGCUCGGCGCCCUCUACGACCUGGGUGAGGAGCCCGGCGGCGGCCGGCGCGCUGCAGAGGACGGCGAAGCGAGAGCUGUGCCGCCGACAGUGGAGGAAGAAGAGGAGGAGCAAGAGGAGAGACGGGAGCCGCAGCCGGCGGCGGGCGGGCGGCGCGGGGCCCGCGGCUUCUUCGGGGAGCUGCGGGCCGAGCUGAGCGCCGCCGGCCCUGCCCCGCCGACCCCCGCCGGCCCGCCCGCCGUGGAGGUGGUGGUGUUCCGCGGGAGGAAGAGGAAGGAGCGGCACGGCCCCUCGGCAGCGCCCGCCGGCUCAGCACAGACCCAAAUAGUGAAUGAGGAGAAAAAUGCAGUCAGACAAGAAUUUAACUUUGAAAAGGCUCGCCUGGAAGUGCACAAGUUUGGAAUCACUGGCUACAAGAAGCAGGAGCAACGUGUUUGGGAACAGGAGCGUGCUAUCAUGCUGGGAGCCAAGCCCCCCAAAAAGGCACAUAUGAACUACAGGACUUACCAAGAGAAACUGAAAGAGAAAAAAGCAGUGAAAGAUGCUGAUAAGGAAAAGGAACAUAAAGGUGAUUCUCUUAAGAAGAAGAAGCAGAAAGAACAGAAGGAGAGGAAGGCCAAGAGGAAGAAAUCAGUGCCUAGCAUUUGGCCUGCAGGACAAGUUGGAAAAUUCAGAAAUGGGACCUUGAUUCUGCAAAGCCGUGACAUAAAGAAAAUUAAAUCAUCUAAAGUUAGCAAAUGAACUUCAUGAUACAGAGUGAAAUGGACAAUAUGCAUAAGAGAAUUCACAUUGCUAGCAACACAGACUUCUGGGGCCUUUUGCCUAUCCACCAUAUCCUAAUUUUUUAAUCUUAUUUGUUAUUGCAGGAUUUUUAUGUACCAUUCUGCCUUGGGAUGGAUAUUAGAAUUUACUAUUUUAUAAAUAAAGAUUAGAGUUCUUAUUAAGAA